AAUUUCCAGGAGGGGAGGGAGGGGGGUCUCAGCUGCGCCUAGUUGAUUUUGUAGUGAUUUUCGCAGUCUACUUUUAAAAAUAAGUAUAAAGAGAUAAAAUGUGGGUCCUUUCUUUCAAUGUUAUUCUUCACACAUAAUGUACAAGUAUUUUUAUCGAGUCAGCAAGGCUGUCGUGUCUUCUAGGGCCGGCGCGCGAGUGUUAUUUUUCCCAUCUCUGUUAUGGAUUGUAGCGACGGAAAGCAGAAGUCGGAGAUGGUUCGACAGAAUUGACUCAACUGUUAUACUUGGAGCACUACCUUUCAAGAGUCAAACCCAAAAGCUUAUAGAUGAGAACGUCAAAGGUGUUAUAACACUCAAUGAGGAAUUUGAGACCAAACAUCUCUGUAACAGCAAACAGGAAUGGUUUGCAUGGGGGGUGACUCAGCUUCGACUUGCCACAGUAGACUUCGGUAAUGCUCCCUCGUUUGCUCAGCUCUUAGAAGGUGUCAAGUUUAUAGAGGACAUGAGGUCUAAAGGGGAUUCUGUAUAUGUACACUGUAAAGCAGGGCGUGGCAGGAGCACAACCCUUGUUGCUUGCUACCUCAUGAAAAAUAAGAAUUUAAAUCCUGAGGAAGCUCAUCUAUUUAUCAAGUCCAAGAGACCUCAAAUUCGUCUGGCCUCUCAACAAUGGAUUGCUCUACAACAAUUCCAUGACCAUCUACACCAAAAAAAAAAUUCAUAAAAAAACAAAUUCAGGGUUUCUCCAGAUUUAGAUGUGCAUGUGGUACCAACGUUGAGGGUCACAGCCAUCAAGAUGCUUUAGGAAAACUCAGGGUGAAUAGUUUAGAUUAUUUAUUUCUCAGGAAAAAUAAAACAGUAUUGGUUACUUUUAAGUUAUAAUAGGCCAUCUCUAAUAGUGUGGUAAAUAUAAGCCCUGUCAUCAUUUUGUAAUGUAUAUUAGGCUAAGUUGAAAAGUCGUAUUAUUCAUGAGCCGUAUUCGAUGCAAAUGCAUGCAAAUGAAGAUGAAACAAUCGACUUGGUUCAUUUGCAUUAAAUAUGGCUCAUGGAUAAUAAGACGUUUGAACUUGGCCUAAAAAGAAUUCAUUUAGUAAACAGGGAUAAGCUAUGAGAUAUAAUAAAGGAAAAAAAUGAUAAA